GUGUCAUCCUCCUCCUCCCGCAUCUUUCUCCGAACUUUUCACUGCGGCGGAUACACGGCUGUGUUUUCAUCCACAUGACUUGUCGCCCAUACUUGUGCUGCGGCGGAGACUCGCGGGAAAUGUAGUGCGGAAGACCGAGGAAAUGACGGGUAUCAUCCAUUUCUUGCAGCAGCUGCACUGUAUGUGAACACCCGGAGACCGCAAUAGCUGAGGAGAACAUCUGUCUUGAGCAACAUGAGACUCAAAUCACACCAAAUGCGACAACACUCCUCAACAGCUCUGUGGAGCAAUCAACACUGCCCUGGACAGAGCUGUUGCAGAACUCAGCUUACAAGUGUCACUUGUGAACGCUCUAUGGAGCAGAAGAGGCCACAUAGGAUCCAGACCUGCCUGUUAUUUUGCAUGAAGGAUCGUGUGAAGAUGGAGCAUACGCAGCCGGAGAGCACAAAGAGCAAACUGAGGGAGCUGGCCCUCAAAUGGUUCACCGAGACCCAGGCUCCUCUCAUCCUCCACAAAGGCAACUUUCCUGCCUGGUUCCAGGGCUUCAUCAGCAGAAAGGAUGCAGAAGAUCAUCUAAGAGAUAAAGAACUGGGCUGUUUCCUUAUUCGCCUCAGUGAUAAAGCCACUGGAUACAUCCUGUCAUAUCGAGGACGUGACCGGUGUCGGCACUUUGUUAUCAACCAGAAUAAGGAGGGGCAGUUUAUUGUGACAGGAGACACCGAAAUGCACGACACACUCACCAGCCUGAUCGAGUACUACAAGACCAGUCCUAUUGAACCGUUUGGAGAAUAUUUAACAGUGUCUUGUUUCGAGUUACCUGCGAAUGAUCUGUACGAUGUGGUGCAGUUUGAGCCAAAGGUGAAGCCAGGGGUGAGUGUGGAGGCAGUAAGGAAGAUUUGGAACCAGAGAGCUGAACAGGCCGCUCAGUCUCAUGCUCCAGCCCUGCCACCCAAGAGCUCCAAAAACACCCAGGCCAUCCCUCCAGUUCCGAAAAGAGGCUCCCCAGUAAAGAUGAGCUCUCUGGAGGAAAAAUGCAGUUCAAGCAGUAAGGUACUGUAUGCCCAGCUGGAACAGACCAGGCCUCUGGAAAGCAGAGAUAGUGAUGCUAGAGCUCCAUGGGCGAGACACAGUGGAGCUGUGCCAGUUCCAGGCCCACCAAAUGUCACAGCCCAGGACAUGCCUGCACCGGGAAAGGCCACCAUUUAUUCAGAACUCAGCCUUUCAGACUGCAGGAGUAAAUCACUCCCCCUACUGGACGAUAACACAAAGGAAGAGGGUUCGUAUAAGCUGAACACCUCCACAGAAAACCCACGUCAGCUGUCCCCUAAUCUCCGGAGUGAGAAUGCUAAGAAAACCUACAGCCACGAGAUGCCGAGCCACAGCUACAGUCUGGAUAAGCUAAGUGAUCAUUCCUUCUAUCAGCUGGCUGGCAAGUCUGCCAAACAAAAAGACAUGCAGCAGCAAGGGAAGAGUGACGCUACAUACGCUGAAGUGCCUUGUGAACCCAGGGCAAACCAUUUGCUCUUAGAGAACACUUACGAGCAAAUUCCUGAAUCCAGGUCCACUACAAACACGAACGAGAACGCUGUUCAGGGAAACACCUACGAGACACUAGAAGACUUCAAACCCAGGCCAAGCGAGUCAACAUGGGGCUUUAAGGGUGACAAGUGGAAACGGCUGCUCCCCGAAAACUGGAAGAAAUGAUCGAGUCUUCGUCCACUAAAUCAACUGCUACACAAAAACACGCAAAUCAUUAGAGUUACACUAAACACAACAGCAGUCAUUUUAUUGACCUUAUUUAUGUCAAGGCUAUUCUAAAAACACAUUCAAAUGCUGAUAUGAGGUUCUUGUGUCCUUUACAGAUAUUUGUUUUUAAUUAUGUAGAAAUAUUUAAAUUGGUAUGUUUUGCAUUUGUAUUUAUUAAUUUAAAUAAAGUCUAGUCAUCCAUAAACACUGGGUUUGCAUUCUAAAGUGUUAUUGGUGCUUACUGGCAACAUGGCAUCAGGAUGAAGGUGUGCUGUAUUAACUAGACUAGAUACUCACUCAUGGCCUUGGUUAAAAAGAUGCUUCAUGCUGGUACUAAGGUUGACAUUUAAAAUGCAUUGGACCUGGUGACUUCAUCAUCACAGAGAACUGGAGUAAAAGGAGGAUGGAGUAAAAAGAGGAUGGAGUAAAAGGAGGUCUGUUAGACCUAUAACAUUUUAAUUGACUUUCGGGUGUUUUUCUUUCUGCUGAUUUAUAUCCGGCCACCUCCAUUCUCAAGCAGAGAAAAGAUAGACAAUCUUUUUAAUUGACCUACAUCUUAUGUCCUGUUCAUUACAUUGCAACGUCAAAUGAUUUUACAGAAAUGCAGUUGUUUUGAAAAGAACCAAUAUGUCAGGUUUAUCUAGCUUUUAAUCACUAUAAGCUAAAUUUAUGGACACCGAAAUGCUGUUUGUGUUUUAAGAUAGCAGAUGGUGAGUGUGUGUGUGAGUGUGAGU